UUAAAUCGUAAUCGUUAAAAGUUUCGGUUUCCUUUUUGAAUCUGAGAAAGAGCUGAGCUGUUUUGGCAAUGGCAAUCUAUUCUGAUCUGAAUGAUUAUGAUGAUGUGUUGGGGGAAACUGAUGAAAUACCUUGUGAAUUUUGUGAACGUCUUUUUCCUUUUGAACUCAUACAUGAACAUCAAUUAGCUUGUCAAGAAGAAUCAUUUGUGGGUGGUGGUGACCUGAUUAAAUUGAAUCCUGUUUCAACAGUUCCUUUUCAGCAAAGUGAAAAAAAGGUUACUUCAGAAAUGCAGAAAACAAGUGUUGAUUCUGUUGAGAGUCCUGAUGAGAAAAAAUUACAAUUACAUAAACCUUUUAGCAAACUGUCAGUAAGCCAGACUGAGAAAAGUGAUCGAAUUUCAGUAAUUCAAAAGAACAGUACUUCCAGUCCUAAGUCAUAUGUGGUUAAACAACAAUCUGAUAUUGUUGAAGAUCUUACAAUGGAGGAAAGUGGAAUAAAGUUGAUGGAGUAUGGUUCAAGAAAACAACACGAUAAUACUGAAACUGAAAGGAAAACUUUUAAAAUUCCAUCCAUAUUAACUUUAAAUAAUGAGAAUUCUAAGGCAGAUAAAACUGAUGAUUCUUGUAGUAGCCUUUCUGAGGAUGAUGAUGAUAAUGAAUGUUUGGAAGAAUUUUGGAAAAGAGCAGAAGUAAAAAAUCAACGUAGACUGAAAAUGCUACAAAAUAAAAAAAAUACAAAAUUUUACAAUCAAUGAAAGCAUUCAAUUCUGACAUAGUUGUUGCAGCAAAUAAAAAUUCUUGUUUUUGUUCCAUUUGUAUUUUUGUUGUAUUCUAAUAGCAAUAUUAAGAUUUUUAUAUGGAGCAUUUUCAUCAGCCAACAGAAUGUUAAAACAUGUAUUCAGAAUAAUGUGUGUAAAUAAAGUUAAAUUUGUUUUUAU